UGAGUUGACCUUUGAGUUAAACGUUGAGCUAACGUAACCAGUUACUGAUGUUUAAGUUUGACCUAUAAGAACUGAGCUGAACACAGCAGGAAGACACUUCAGUCACUGCUGAGGAGACAGAAGGUCACCAGUGUUUUCUGGAGCUAUGGACUUAUUAGAAUUUGUCCUCCAUUCAUCCAGCUUUCUCUUCCUGUUGGGAAGCCUGGUGGUCAUAUUCUUUGUCUAUCUCAUCUCAUCUUCCGGCUUCGCUUCCCAGACAACACUGAAGGAACCUCCAGGACCAAAACCACUUCCCCUGCUGGGUAACCUGCUGCAGCUCGACCUGAAGAGACUUCACAGCACAUUACUGGAGCUUUCAAAGAAAUAUGGCUCAGUCUUCACCAUCUAUAUGGGACCUAAAAAAGUGGUGGUGCUGGCAGGAUACAAGACGGUGAAGGAGGCACUUGUAAAUUGUGCUGAUGAGUUUGGAGAAAGAGGUCAAUUUCACAUUUUGGAAGAAUUUAUGCAUGGAAAUGGUAUCAUUUGGUCCAAUGGAGAAUCAUGGAAAGACCUCCGGCGGUUUACCAUGACUAACCUGAGGGACUUUGGGAUGGGCAAGAAGGAAUGUGAGAACAAGAUCAUUGAGGAGAGUCGCUACCUUAUUGAAGUUUUAAAGAAUUUUAAUGGAGAGGGUUUUGAUACCCUGCAAACAAUUAACUAUGCAGUUGCUAAUAUCAUCUGCUCCAUCACCUAUGGCCACAGAUUUGAAUAUGAUGAUGUAGAGUUCACAUCUCUAGUAGAUCGCACAUGCAGAAACAACGAACUCCUGGGGACUGCAUCUGUACAGCUGUACAACCUGUUCCCAUGGAUCGGCAAACUGUUUUCUUUACACAAAGAGUAUGCAAAAUCAUUUGCUGCUCAUAGAAAACACAACUUAAAGCUGUUGAGCCAUUUGAAAGCGACCCUCAAUCCACAGAUGUGCAGAGGCUUUGUGGACGCCUUUCUGGUCCACAAACAAAAGCUGGAGACCAGCUUUGUCUUCCUGUUGGGAAGCCUGGUGGUCGUAUUCUUUGUCUAUCUCAUCUCAUCUUCCGGCUUCGCUUCCCAGACAACACUGAAGGAACCUCCAGGACCAAAACCACUUCCCCUGCUGGGUAACCUGCUGCAACUCGACCUGAAGAGACUUCACAGCACAUUACUGGAGUUUUCCAAGAAAUAUGGCUCAGUCUUCACCAUCUAUAUGGGACCUAAAAAAGUGGUGGUUCUGGCAGGAUACAAGACGGUGAAGGAGGCACUUGUAAAUUGUGCUGAUGAGUUUGGAGAAAGAGGUCAACUUCACAUUUUGGAAGAAUUUAUGCAUGGAAAUGGUAUCAUUUGGUCCAAUGGAGAAUCAUGGAAAGACCUCCGGCGGUUUAUCAUGACUAACCUGAGGGACUUUGGGAUGGGCAAGAAGGAAUGUGAGAACAAGAUCAUUGAGGAGAGUCGCUACCUUAUUGAAGUUUUAAAGAAAUUAAACGGAGAGGGUUUUGAUACCCUGCAAACAAUUAACUAUGCAGUUGCUAAUAUCCUCUGCUCCAUCAUCUUCGGCCACAGAUUUGAAUAUGAUGAUGUAGAGUUCAUAUCUCUGAUAGAUCGCACAUGCAGAAACAACGAACUCCUGGGGACUCCAUCUGUACAGCUGUACAACCUGUUCCCAUGUAUUGGCAAACUGUUUUCUUUACACAAAGAGUAUGCAAAAUCAUUUGCUGCUCAUAGAAAACACAACUUAAAGCUGUUGAGCCAUUUGAAAGCGACCCUCAAUCCACAGAUGUGCAGAGGCUUCGUGGACGCCUUUCUGGUCCACAAACAAAAGCUGGAGAAAUCUGGAAUUACCAACAGUCCCUUCCACGAUGAAAAUCUGCUGAUUACCGUUAUCAAUCUUCUUGUUGGUGGCACUGAUACAACAUCAACUACUCUCAGAUGGGCACUUUUAUUUAUGGCCAAAUAUCCCAAGAUACAAGACCAGGUCCAGGAUGAGUUGACCAGGGUGAUAGGAAGUCGUCAGGUGGAGUUGAAGGACAGGAAGGAGGUACCUUUCACCAACGCUGUCAUCCAUGAGACGCAGAGACUGGCUAGCAUCGCACUUUUGUCGCUUCCUCACAGGACGAACAAAGACGUCACCUUCAGGGGUCACUUCAUCAAGAAGGGAACAACUGUCUACCCUCUCUUGUUUUCUGUUCUUCAUGAUGAGAGCGAAUGGGAGAGACCACACUCCUUCCAUCCCGCCCACUUCCUGGACAAAGACGGAAAGUUUGUCAAGCCAGACGCCUUCAUGCCUUUUUCUGCAGGCCGUAGGAUUUGUAUCGGAGAGAGUCUGGCCAGGAUGGAGCUUUUCGUCUUCUUCACCACCCUCCUGCAACACUUCCGCUUCACUCCUCCACCUGGAGUUUCUGAGGACGACCUGGAUCUGACUCCACGUGUCGGCUUCUCCCUCAACCCUUCACCUCAUAAGCUGUGUGCUGUCUCCCUGAUGUGAGGAGGAGGACUGAAGGGAUUUUAAUGUUAUUUGAGAUUUGGCAUUGUUUGGCGACUUUGAUUCAUGCAAAAGUAAACCACCUGCUAAAUAUGUUCAACAGAAACGAGAGAACUUGUGUCAAAUCCAAAAAUUGAGCGUUGUCAGCAGCUGCUCUUUAUUUACAUAUAGUACAUAUGGUAAGGUCCCUACUGCUUCAAAGUUGACUUUUGAUAUGAAACGGUCAACAAAAAUAUAUUUUAUAUUUUAAUUUGGACAAUAAAGAUGAAUCACUUACUAGAUUAUAUCAACUAGCAGCGCUUUUCUAUCCCUUCCAGUGUUUGCACUGCAGAAAAAGGAGGGGAGGCUCCCAUGGUUCCUGAGUAAACACAGUGAGAGAGGGGGAAUUGGGGCAAAGGAUGUCAUGUGAUUUAAAUAUUGAAAAGGCUGAGUUUCUCCUGUUAUUUCAGUUGAUUUAUCUAAUGUCUUACCAAGAUUAUAAAGCCAUACCCUUAAGACAAACGUCCCCAAGCUAAACAUUAACAUAACCAGUUAAUGAUGUAUAAGUUUGACCUAUAGAAACAGAGCUAAACACAGCAGUGAAGACAGUUCAAUCACAGGUAUUUCAACAUCAGUGUCUUGGAGGUAUGUCUAAAGGUUUCUGACAAACUCUUGUGUAAUGCUGUGAAGCCAAGAGGGAGCACCAAGCAGCUGCUUCAAUAGAGUGAAAUAGACUUUGAACCAUCAGUGUCCCUUCAUUAACCCUAACACUAACUCUUACCAAAAACUAACCCUAACGUAACAUCUCUAGGAAUACAACUUGUACUUAUCUGGUACCUACAGAUGCAAAGUGAUUCAAGGAGGUCACUUCCAAUGAGACUUUCACACCCCCUUGUGGUCGUCAUGGACCAUUGCGAGUGCCACUGUGCCCCCUCAAUAUAUGAUGUGUUAUUUCCAGAAGUGCAGUGUGUUCCCCUUCCGAACCCUAACUCCUAACCCUAACCCUAACCCUAAACCAUAACCAUAACAGUAUCCCCUCUCUAGCCCUAACCCUAGUAGAGCCACCUUGUAUCUAUCUGGAACCUUCAGAUGCAAGGGGAUUCAAGGAAAUCUCUCCCACACCCUCUUGUGCUCGUAUUAGAACAUUACAGGGACCACAGUUGGAAAGCCUGACCCUGAACACCCUAAAUGUAAAUCUAAUGGUCUUAGUGUUAUAUAUUGCCAGACUUGUCUCAUCUUGCUG